CGGCCGUUGGUCCCUUUGAACGCGGGGCCGCGGGGUCCGGAGCCGUCAUGGCGUCCGCGCGCGCCGCGCUUUGCCGCCAGCUCCACCGCGAUGGCAGCGCCGCACGUACCCCCCUGCAAGGAUCCCGUAACGCGAAGCCAUCAGAUGGAGUCAGAAGUUUGCUGUCCUCUGAAGGAGGYCAAGGGGUUAGGAAACAGAAGAGUGAGACAAAUCUGAGCAGUGAGAAGAGUGCCCCCACUCCAGUAACUGCAAGGAGACUCACAUCUCUCGGAUCAACGCCCGCUAAUGGAGUUGUGAAGACUAGAAAAGAUCUUAUGCUUAUGAAAGAGAAGAAGAAACAGAAGGCACUAGAGAAGGAGAUUCGUGCAUUAGUGAGAGAACGUGGGGAGCAGGAUAAAAAACUUCAAGCUCURGAGGAAGAUUUUGUUAAGAUUGAAGCAAAACUGAGUUCUGCAGUUCAGGAGAAAACCUCUCUUUCGGCAAAUGUUGCAUGCCUGAAGAAACAGCUUCUGGAGCUAACAAGAAGCAAUGAACUACUGAAGUCAAAGCUGUCUGAAGAUGGUGUGCAGAAGAAAAUGAGCAGCCUGUGCAUGGAGUUGAUGAAGCUCAGAAAUAUGAGGGAUGCUAAGGAAAAGACUGCACUGGCCAAACAGGAAGACAUGGAAAUGAAGCUGCAGGAAGUGCAAAGGAAUCUUGAACAUUCAAAAGGAAAAGUAGCACAGUUACAAGAGAAACUGUCUGCUACUGAAAGAGAGAAAGUUGAAGAAAAGUCUGACACUGAAAAACUUCUGGAAUACAUCACAGAGCUCAGUAGUGUUGCAGAAACAGCCGAGAAAUACAAACUAGAAGUCACCCAGAUGGAGGAGACAUUGAGUAAAAAAGACCAARAUAUUGAGAUCUUGAGGAACACCCUCAAAACCAAAGAGGAGGAAUCAYGUAAACUGAUAAAAGAACUAAAUGAGAGGUGUCAACUGCUUCAACAGGAAAAAGAGAAAGAGUUGUCUGAGACCAAAGGACAGUUCCUGAGUAUGAAUGCUGAAAUAGAAGACCUGAAAAAAAAAAUUCAUUCGGUGGAACAAGAACACCAAAAAUUGCUUCAGAAACAUGAGGAGGUCGUAUCUCAGCUGCAGCAAGAGAAGGAGUCAUCUGCAUCAAUGCAGCAGAAGUUACUGGAGUUUGAAGAUGAAGUAACAAGUGAGAGACAUCUUCUGGAAGAAGAGCUGAAUGAUGCCAUGAAGGAGCUGAACCAAUUGCAUACAAAGGAGAAGAAAGCUGAAAAGYUGGUGAAGCGAUUGGAACAGGAAAUCAAAUCUCAAAGUCUUGAACUCACACAGAYGCAAGAAAAGUUGAACGGGAAGACUGCAGAGUUGGAGCAAAUGAAGGAAAUGCACUGCAGUGCUGUAUUGCAGAUCCAAGAAGAGCACAGCAAUGCACUGCAGGAGCUUGGAAAGACUGUUGCUGACUUUGAAAGCUACAAGAAAACAUCAGCUGAAGAAAUUUCCAGUCUUAAAUUGGAGAAUACCUCUCUGCAAGAAGAAGUUGCCAACCUAAAAAAAGUAGGCAAAGAGAAUCUGCAKUUGCUUCAAGAAGCAGAAUACGCUAAAAACAAAGCAAAUGAAGAAUGUGCAAGGAUGCUUUUAGAAGUCCAGACCAAGCUUGCACUAAAAGAAGCAGAAACAGAGAGAUCAAAGGAGUCUUGCCUUGCACAAAUGACCAAACUUCAGGAACAGUUUGAAGAGCAAACUGAAGAUUUGAAAAGACAACUUGAAGCAGAAAGAUCAAGGAAAACCAUAAGUGAAGAUGUGACCUCUAGCUUAAAUAAAGAGAUCAAGACCUGGCGUAAACUGUAUGAAGAUUUACAUAACAAAGUUAAGCCUUUUCAGCAACAACUAGAUGCUUUUGAAGCAGAGAAAAAUGCACUCCUGGAGGAGCAUGGGGCAGCCCAAGAAGAACUGAAUAAACUGAGUGAUGCAUAUGCUAAAUUGCUUGGCCACCAGAACAUGAAGCAAAAAAUCAAGCAUGUUAUGAAGUUGAAGGAAAACAACACCCAGCUGAAGCAGGAUGUCUCAAAACUGCGUGCAUUGCUAGCCAAGGAAAAGCAAACCAGCAAACAUCUUCAGGAGCAGCUGUGUGCAGUACAGGGCRUUAAGCGUUUUGACCCUUCCAAAGCUUUUCUGCAUGAUAGCAAGGAAAAUAUUCCUCCAAAAACACCUCUGAAAGAAGGUAAUAAAAACAAAAUUUGAAGUGUUGUUGAUAUUAAAGCAGCCAUAAAGUCAUGUGGUACAGAAGACUUCAACAGACUGCUUCUUCAAGGUGAACUUGGAUGCUGUACAUAAUGCAAAUCAGUAGGAGCACURGAAAAAUUAUUUAAAAUUAUAUAUUUUUAGAAAAACUAUGUUUUAUUGAGAAGCARCAGGUGACUGCAUGUUCCUGGCUCCUGGUAACACAAUUUCACAAGCAUGAACUCUGAAAAGUGUUCACUGUUGCACUUUUUUGGGUCUGCUGAAGCUGCGUAGUCCAGUUUUGAACAGAGCUUCUUGAGCUUGGAAAAGGUGAAUAAGCACUGGAGAAUUAGAUGACAAAUUAAAUCAGUUUCAUGCAAA